AUGGUUGAAACUAGAGUUGUUGGGAGUCUCAACGAAGAGAACCCCGCCAAAAAUUGGCGUAUGCCACUAAUUGAAGCACGCACACGGUAUUUUUUAGUAAAAGGCGAAAGAAUAGUUCGCUAUGUACUUGCUGCGUGGCUGCGUGAGAAGUGCGGACUAGCUGUGCUGCUUUUGAAUUUACACAUUGUUUAUCGAUGUGUGGCGGAGUCAGAAACCUAUCACCAACUUUACAACAAGUCCCUUGUCGAUGACAUUUUUUCUGAAUUGUCUGGUGAUUUCAGGAAAGCAGUUGUCCUGUGGACAUACGGGCCUUCUGAAAGAGAUGCACGACUAGCAAAUGAAGCCUUGAAGUCAAAAAAGAAAACCAUCACCCAAUUGCAAGUGAUAGUAGAGAUAGCUUGUGCAUCAUCUCCUGAUCAUCUGGUUGCGGUGAGACAAACAUAUCGUGGCCUUUUCAACUGUUCACUUGAAGAAGAUAUAGCAGCAAAUGCCCCUAUGCCUGUUCAAAAGAUUCUCAUCGGUCUAGCCAGGUCCUACAGAUAUGAUAAGGAACUGGUGGAUCCUACCACCGCAAAUAAAGAAGCUGCUAUCCUUCGUGAAACCAUAAGAACAAAAAAGUUGGAUUCCGAUAAUUUUCUGUUGAUACUCAGCACAAGGAAUGUUCAUCAGCUUAGAGCAACUUUUGAGUGCUACAAGCAAAAUUAUGGAUUCUCCAUUGAUCAGGACAUAAAGAGCUGUGGAAAAGGUCUGUUGGAAUCUAUACUGAAGGUGGUUAUCUGGUGCAUUGAUUCACCAGAGAAACAUUUUGCUGAGGUUGUCAGAGCCUCGAUUGUUGGGAUUGGAACGGAUGAGGAUUCUCUAACUAGAGCCAUUGUAACUCGAGCUGAAGUUGAUAUGAUGAAAGUCAGGGGAGAGUAUUUCAUCGCGAACAAGACUAAUCUUGAUAAUGCAGUUAUUGGUGACACAUCAGGUGAUUACAUGAAGUUCCUGAUGACACUGCUUGGGGCCAAAGUCUAGCUAGCUCUCUGGACCUGAACAUUGUGUUGUAGUGUUUCAAUUGUCUAUUUACUUUUGUAUGCUUCUAUGAAUAACAUUAAUGUGUGGACUUGUGAAAAAAAUAAUAAUUGG